UCUCCGGGUUUGAGAAAGAGGCUGCGCGGAGCCGGAGGGGUGAGGCUGCGCCGCGUGGAGUGGCUUGGCUUAACAGCAGGGAGGGCAGAGCGAUGCUCUUUGACCUCCCAGAAGAGUCACGUGGGCUGACCCAGAGCCGGGGCGGAAAGGCUGCGUUAGUUUCUUCCGGGUCAUUGACAGAAGCGUCAAUUCCUGGGAGUAGAUCGUUGGUUUUCUUUCCCCUCAUCCUUUUGCCUGCUCCCGGCGAGGGGUGGCUUUGAUUUCGGCGAUGAGCUCCCAGAAAGGCAACGUGGCUCGUUCCAGACCUCAGAAGCACCAGAAUACGUUUAGCUUCAAAAAUGACAAGUUCGAUAAAAGUGUGCAGACCAAGAAAAUUAAUGCAAAACUUCAUGAUGGAGUAUGUCAGCGCUGUAAAGAAGUUCUUGAGUGGCGUGUAAAAUACAGCAAAUACAAACCAUUAUCAAAACCUAAAAAAUGUGUCAAAUGUUUACAAAAGACAGUGAAGGAUUCUUAUCACAUAAUGUGUAGGCCAUGUGCCUGUGAACUUGAAGUUUGCGCAAAAUGUGGAAAGAAAGAAGACAUUGUUAUUCCAUGGAGUCUCCCUCUGUUGCCCAGGCUGGAGUGCAGUGGCAGGAUCUUGGCUCACCACAACCUCCGCCUCCCUGGUUCAAGUGAUUCUCCUGCCUCAGCCUCUCGAGUAGCUGGGACUACAGGCGCACACCACCAUGCCCGGCUAAUCUUUGUAUUUUUAGUAGAGAUGGGGUUUCACUAUGUUGGCCAGGCCGGUCUCGAACUCCUGACCUCAUGAUCUGCCUGCCUCAACCUCCCAAAGUGCUGGAAUUACAGGUGUGAGCCAUCAUGCCUGGCCUAAUUUGUAUAUUUCUAAUGACUCAUGAUAUUGACUGAGCAUCUUUUCUUUUCUUUUUUUUUUCCUUGUUUUUUGAGAUGGAGUCUUGCUCUACAGCCCGGGCUGGAGUGCAGUGGCACCAUUUCAGCUCAAUGCAACCUCUGCCUCCUAGGUUCAAGUGAUUCUCCUGCCUCAGCCUCCCAAGUAGCUGGGAUUACAGGCACACACCACCAUGCCCAGCUAAUUUUUGUAUUUUUAGUAGAAACAGGUUUUCACAAUGUUGGCCAGGAUGGUCUCCAUCUACUGACCUUGUGAUCCACCGCACUAGGCCUCCCAAAGUGCUGGGCUUACAGGCGUGAGCCACUGCACCCAGCCAACUGAACAUCUUUUCAUGUGUUUAUUAGCCAUUCCUAUAUCUUCACUGGUGAAAUGUCUAUUCAGAUGUGUUGCCCAUUUUAAAAAUUGGGUUGUUUUCUUACCAUUGAGUUAUGAGUCUUUUAUAUAUAUUCUAGAUACAAGUCCUUUAUCAGAUAUAAUUUGGAAAUAUUUUCUCACUGUCUGUAAUGUGUUAUACAUCAAUUUUAAGAUAUCCUUCACAUUAAGAAACUAACGGUGUGGAUAAUAAUCCUGGUAUUGACAGAGGUUUGGACUCCUGAAGCUGCCACGCCUGGGCACAUACUGCAUCAUUUACAAAACUGUAGAGAAUUUUUGUUUUCUUCUGUAUUGGGUCUAUUGUGGGUAUGUCCAACGUGACAGGGGAGGUAAGGGAAGUGGCAUCCCCUGAGAUAGUGACUGAAAUGGCUUUCAUCAUCUUUAAGUCAAAGUGAGAUGCCAGUAAUAGGAUAUAUGUAUGUAUGUACUUGUGUCUCUGUAUGUAUGUAAAUAAACAAACAUGCUGGAAGGAGGAGGUGAUUCAAUGAGGGACUUUGUGAAAGAAAAAAAGAAUAACUGGACCUUCCUUUAAUGAUGAAAACUGUUUAUACAGCAAACCAUCAAAGCCAAAAUGUGAAUUUUGGUAUUAGCCCGAUUUUUCCUAAGAAACUGUUGAUGUAACCACUGUAGUUGCAGAGAUCGUUUUGGUAUAUUCUAGACCCUCUUUGUUUUGUUCUGUUUGGGGUUUCUUCCCCCUCAAGUUGCUCUUGUCCACCACUAGACUGGCUGCCUUUUAUUCCAUAGCAGACAGUCCUUAAGUCUUUGCAUAUGUCCUUAUUCAAAAAUUAAUCUUCAUCAGUUUUUUUCUGCAGAAAACAGUUUUUUAAAUAUCUUACAUGAGAAUGCUCUGCACCUGCAAUCUCUGGUUGAUGCAGUUUCCUUUUUCUCUUCUCUGUUCCCAUUGGUAGAAUAAAUCAGUUCCUUCUUAAAUCCUGAGCUGAAAAUGUCCACACUUCCCAGAAGUGUACUUUAGAAUCACCUGUAACAUGUAUUUAAAAUACAGAUUCCCCAGCUCCACGGGCAAAGCUCUCCUGCCAUGUGACACCCUGAUACAGUUCAGGGAGCCACUAAGGCAGGCCAAAAUGGCUCAGCAGGGAAAGGUCCAAGCUGCCAGGGUAGUGUGUCAUUACAGCAUGCUUAGCAUAGCUAGGAGGACAGGCUCACACCCAGCCCCACAGCUGUUGCGCUACAGACUCAGGCACAGGGCUGUCUAACUGGCAGAUGUGGGCCACAACUGUUGGAGACAAGCCAGCCAUAUUUGGGAAAAUCUUAUUGUAAGGGGCAAGUGUGAGUGAGAUUUAGGAGUCAUGGGAAAAUACAGCAACACAGUAAAUCUUGUGUUAUAGCAGAGAUGUGGAAGAAAGAGAUAAACUACUGGCCAGGGUGUCUCCUGACUGGGUGACUUGCCACCACAUGGGCCAGGCAGGUUGCGGCAGCUCUGCCUUUGGGAGGUGGCUGGAGGAGGGGAGGAGAGAGAGGCAUGAUGAAGACAGAUGCACCCUUUCCUGAGCAGGGGUUAACAUUCAGGGUGCCGAAAGGAACUCCACAGCCUGUUUCCCAUCUCUCUUGUCCUCAUCAAGUACUGGUCCUCGUGUAUGUGUUCUGCUUCCGCUUUCUCAGGAUGUUUACGUUUUUGCAAAUACGUUUAUGGAAAAGAGUUACCUCACCCACCUCUCCAAACAUCUAUUUGUUUUACAUUUUUAUUGCGGGGGAGUGAUCUCUUUACAUAGCUUCAAAUGGCAUAACAUUCAGCAGUAUCCAAGCUUAGAUAUAUCUGAUGAGAGGAAAGUAAUUGUGAGGCCUUUGUUCUAGUUACAGCUUUGUCACUAUCUGACUCCAUGACUCCAGCAAAUUGCUUCAACUGUCUGGCCUGCAGUUUUUUUCUUGCGUUAAAUAACAGACUUAGUCUAGAUCGGUGGUUCUUAUCAUGUGGUUUCUGGACUAGCAGCAUCAAUAUUACCUGGGAAACUUGUUAGAAAUGCAAAUUCUUGGGCUCUGCCCUAGACCUACUGAAACAUACUCUGUGGGCGGGGCCCAGCAAUCUGUGUUUGAAACGCGAUUCUGAUUAUUUGACAAAAGUUUGCAAACCACUGGUCUAGAUAAGUAGCUCUUAGCCUUGGCUGCACAUUAAAAUCAUCUGGGCAACUUUUAUAACCUACCAAUCCUGGCCUCUUCCUCCAAAGAUUCUGACUUAAAUGGUUUCAGAUGGGGACCAUUGUUAUGUGGUUAUAGUCGACGUCUAGGUGCUAUCUGAGGUCUUCAAAACUAAAGGUCAGUGUUUCCCAGCCAUAAAUGCAUACCUCUAGACCUGGCCUUCUCAAGCCACUAGGUGUUGCUAUAAUAGAGAAGAAAAGGCAUUUUCAGAACCGUCUUUGGAUAUGGAUGAGGAGGAGGAAAAUGUAUUUCUUAGCUUCUGAUAAGAGAUUAUUUUGUUAUUUUAAUCUGAGUGCAAUUUGCUAAAUAUUCAUUUGCAACUUGUUAAAUUUAUUCAAAGAAAUUAAAUGCCCAUAAAUGACAGAAAGAAUAAAGAAUUGUGAUAUAUAUUUACAAUAAAAUACUCUUUAGCAAUAAAAAGAAA